CAGGAACAGCACUUGGAGCCUGCUGUGCUAGCUUUUGGUUCAAGCUAUGGGUGGACGAUGCAGCUGGCGUCAAGACAACUGCAUGGGCAGCUGAAGCGAUGAUGAAAUCCUGGCUUCACCAAUGAUAUCAGGAGUUACGUAUAUAUCCCACAACUAGAGAAUUCUAUGGUUUUUCCAAAUCCAUGACUGCUGCGGGCUAUCGGUCUGGCAAAUUUUUUUUGUGCACACUGUUGUUGUCCCAAACUGCGUGUGGCUGCAGCCUGUCAUGUGUCUGGUUCAAUUGUUUCUGCCGUCCUGCUGUCAGGAUUCGUUCAAUAUUGGCGUCUGUGGGAUAUCUCUGUCUCCUGAUACGAGUUACAGGUUUCCGGAACGCCAACCGAAGUCAUAAAUCAUGCAUUGGGGGUAGGCUUGAAAGUUCAACGAGUUCACAUUGCCACACAGUGCUCCCCACUCAAGUCGGACAAGCUGGUGUCUUCAGCUUAGCAUGAUUGUUUACACUGGGCAUUGCAUACAUACAUCUUCAUGGUCUCACCGUCUCCAACGACAAUAUUAAUUCAUCCAUCGAUAUCAUGGU